AUAGAAAAGAAAGAGGGAAAGAAUGAUCACAGCCUCUCUCUCCAUCCAUCCCCAGCUCCAAUUAUGCAGUAUGUCACGCUGUCCACUUCCAAUAUAAAGGAAAAAGUAAGCUUCCAACCCUUCCUGAACCAUGAGUCCUCCCACCAAUGACAUCAACAAACAAAUACCCUAAACACACCACUUCUUUUGAUGAUCCAUAAUCCACCCUGCAGCUAGCUUAGCCUUAAUUAGCCCUCCUCCUCCUCCUCCUCCUUCAUCGCCAUCUUCAACGCUUGUGAGUUAUAAAGAUCGAAGAUUUGUUCGUGGCGUCCCUGCUCUUGCUCUAUUGACUUUCCACUGAUUGAGUUAGGGAUUCUGCUUUUGGUGUUUCUUUCCUUUUUUUUUCUCCUUUUCGACAUGGCGGCGGCAGCCCCGGUUGAGGUGGGAACUCGUGGCACUGUUGCAUCGCUGGUGAUGAAGGAAAUAGAGUACUUUCGCCGGCUUGAACUCGACCGCCAUGGCAGCUGCAGAAAGCCUCAGCCUCAGAAUCACAACACAGUAGAGGCGCCAUCCGGCGGCAGUAGCACCACCACAAACCGGCCUGCAGGCUUCAGCUUCUUGAUCAUGGCUACGUUGAGACGGAAGAAGAGAAGAGGCGGCGGCGGCUUCCUCCCGAGCAUGUGUUCCGCCGCUGAAGUUGCCGACUGCCACCGGCUGAACGGCAUUCCUGGUUUCAGUUACCGGAACCUCAAGGACGAUCUGAAGGAUUCAUGUGACAUAUAACCAGGCUAGCUAGCUAUAUAUACAUAUAUAUGCAACAUAUAUAUAUAUGUAUAGGCUUGGGAAUCCGGCCGAUCAUCGAUCGGCACUGCAGCUGGACGAUCAGCCGCAGCUUUUGCAAAUUCAUUGAUUCUUGAUCUUCCUGUACGUCGUUGCAAAAGUAAACUUAUAACUAGUAGUGGGAACUCAAUUAUAUAUAUAUAUAUAUAUAUGGUUAUGGAUGGGUUCAGCUUCCUUCCUUCCUUCCUUCCUUGUGAUGACGAUGGUUAAAUCUAA